AUGGCGGGCAUGGGUAUAAUGCUGGUGGAUGUGGUAGAGGUGGUCGUGGUAGUGGCGGUUGUUUCAAUCGGGGCUAUCAAUGUUAUUACGGUUAUGAUGGUGAACGUGGCAGGGACCGUGGCGGAUUUCCUGGAUAUUGAAGGAUUCAUAGAUUGGUUGAUAGAGGUGAAUCGCUUCUUUGACCAUAUGGAUGUACUAGAAGACCGACGCAUAAAGCUGGUGUCCUAUAGGCUGAGAGGAGGUGCUUCUGCCUGGUGGGAGAGGCUACAGGAGGAUCGGUGCAGAGAAAGGAAGGCCAAGGUUUUGACAUCGGAGAAGAUGCAGAGGAUCGGGGUGCAGCAGAUGGUUCUGAAUUUAACCGAUACCCGUAAUUUGGCAUUAAAGGCCGAAACUUUGAUGCAGGAUAAGAAGUGGCAGUCGAGAAAGAGUCGCUGGCCAAUCGGCAAAAUGGAGAAAAGUAAGUGGAAGCAAGGUGGAGAAUCAAGCAGAGAAGAGAAAGGGGUGACGGAGAAGGCGGUAGGGAAGAAGGCAGUAGAACCAAAAACUGUCAAGUCGAGUAACCCAUAUGCGAAGCUGAUUCUAGGAAAGUGCUUCAAAUACAACCAGCCUGGUCAUUGUUCCGGUGAUUGCUCGAGACGCAGACAGUUGGUGAUAGUAGAGUGGGAUGCUGAUUCUUGUCCUGAUGAUGAAGGGGAGAUUUGUUGUGAAUCAGAGGAAUCCGAUGAGGAGAGGCAGUGGCACAAAUUGUUUCGUAUCAAAUGUGCUGUCAAUGGUAAGCGCUGUGAUAUUGUUAUUGAUGGUGGUAGUGAGGAGAAUUUUAUUAGUAGGAGUUUGAUAGACAAACUGCAUUUAACUGUUAAGAAACACUCACACCCUUAUAUCAUUGGUUGGAUUCGGGAGGUAGGAGGCAUUAAGGUGCCUGAGAGGUGUAAGGUGCCAUUUUCGAUUGGGCAGUACAAGGUUGAGCUGGUGAAGGAUGGUGUAAAGUACACUUUGACAUCCAAGAAGAGCAAUCAGCCUGAAGCUUCCAAAGCAGAGGGAAAAACCUUGGUGACUCUUACUCAAUCCUUGAGGGAGAUGGAGGAAGAAGUGAAAGAGUCGGGGGAGAUCUAUGUGUUGGUGGUGAAGGAUAUUGUGUAUACGAAGGAGAGUAGUGCAGUAAUUCCUGAGGUGGUGAGACCGGUGCUAGAAGAGUUUAGCGACAUCUUACCCAAGGAGUUGCCAGAUGGUUUGCCACCGAUGCUGGAUGAUAUGCUUGACCAAUUGAGUGGUUCCAAUGUGUUUUCAAAGAUUGACUUACGGAGUGGAUACUAUCAGAUCAGGAUCCGGCCUGGAGAUGAGUGGAAGAUUGUGUUUAAGACGCGUGAUGGGUUGUUUGAGUGGCUAGUGAUGCCCUUUGGCUUAUCAAACGCCCCCAGCACUUUCAUGAGGCUUAUGAAUCAGGAGGAGAAAUUUCAUUGGGGCGAGGAAGCUGAAGCGACUUUUGCUUUAAUAAAGGAGAAGCUGUGUACCGCUCCUAUUCUUGCAUUACUAGAUUUUGGUAAGUUGUUUGAGGUGGAAUGUGAUGUCAGUGAUUUAGAGAUUGGUGCUGUUCUAUCACAGGAGAAACGACCAGUUGCAUUUUUCAGUGAGAAGUUAAAUGAUGCGAGGCGGUAG